AGGGUUAAUUUACUUGUACAAGAUCAAUACGCCUGUUGUGCACAGGGUAUAAGAGAUAGAAGUGCAGUCGCACAAAGUGGAUUGCAGCUGAAAAAGCGAAUAGGAGGUGGUUCAAGAGGACUUUUUAGCUCGAUAUUGACAUCAAAUUGGUUAAUUUCGGGUGUUCAGCAUGCAAAUUCUGCAUUGUUAUAGCAUAUAUCUGUUAGAAGCUUUGUAAGGUUGUUAAAAUUUUAUGAGUGCAUUAAGUGCAACCGGCGCCCUCAAACAUUUUCUCUUGGGUCCUGUCAUGUCAGUUUGCAGUGUGCGAAUUGGAGGAGGAUGCUGGCCUUGGGCGACUGGCAGGUAAACUUGGUCUCUUUAAAUGUGCUGAUCAUAAGAUUAGAUAUUUCUGAAGGAUUAUGUGACAGUAAAGGCUGGAGUAAUGACUUAUGAAAUUUCAACUUUGCCAUAGUAGGAAUAAGUUAAAUUUUAAAAUGUAUUAGGAGACUUUUUACAAAAAACAUUAAAAACAAUCUUACUGACCCCAAUCUUUUGAACAGUAGUCCACAUCAGGAAGGUCAGUAGAGCCUAAAACCGAACAACCAAUAUGCAAAGCAAGACCCAAAUUGUGUCAUUAUUUCAGAUGUACUGUAUCUGUACAUUUUCCCAUUAGAUCUGUACCUGUUUGAUUCACCAGGUCAUCCUUGCCCUUCCCUCAUACACACCUGUCCCAGGACACAGGAACAACAUUGUUAACACAAUGAGGCUCUGGUCCAUGUGAAUUCCACCUCAAAGACUUUAAUGUUGGUGGUUACAUCCAGGCCGUUCUGGACAAGAAUCUAGCUGAGAACAUCUCCUGUGUGCUUUACCCUAAUGACAAUUUUUUUGAGGGGAAAGAGUUGCGUCUGAAGCAGGAGUAUUUUGUGGCGGCUGCGACUCUCCAGGACAUUAUCCGCAGGUUCAUAGCCUCCAAGUUUUGCUCAACUGAGGUAGUGCGCAUGGAUCUGACCACACUGCCAGAUAAGGUUGCUAUACAGCUGAAUGACGCUCAUCCUGCGCUGACCAUCCCUGAACUGAUGAGAAUACUGAUGGAUGAUGAGAAACUAACCUGGGACACGGCUUGGGACAUCACUGUGUGUACUUGUGCUUAUACUAACCACACUGUGUUACCAGAAGCUCUGGAAUGCUGGCCUGGCGACCUGUUCCAAAACCUUCUGCCCCGUCACCUAGAGAUCAUCUACGAGGUUAGCCGACGUCACCUGGCGAGGAUCUCUGCGCUGUACCCUGGCUAUUAUGGUCGUUUAAGACGCAUGUCCCUUAUUGAGGAGGACGGACAGAAGAAGAUCAACAUGGCUCAUCUCUGCAUCGUUGGCUCUCACGCAGUCAAUGGCAUGGCACAAAUCCACUCAGACAUUAUUAAAGACACUGUCUCCAGCUGCCACCAUCCCCUUCAUUCCCCGUCUUUGUUCUCUCUGAAUGUUUUGUCUGUAUUGUGGGUGACAACACACACCAAACAGUCCUGCUGCUUCCCUUGAAGAGUGACAAAAUGAAAUAAAGUGAUUAAUCGCUGUUUCUGAUAUUUGUAAGUA